UUGGUGGCUCCACGUCUCUCUCUCUCUCUCUCUCUCUCAGGACUUUUCGAUUUUAGUCAACCUUUCGUGUUUUUUUUUUUUUCUUCAACCCAUCUUCUCUGUUCUUUCCUCUCACUUUUGCCCGUCUCUCUCGUUCUCUCGCACGGGUAUAGAACAACACAACUCUGUUCAAUUCUAGCUCGAGUAGAAGCUCGGAUUGCUUUCUAAUUCGGGAUCCAUGGAUGAAGAAGAACUCACACUUUCUUUUCCUUAAAGAAGUGGUUUUUUUUUUCCGAAUUGUCAACUUUGAACAACUAUAAAAACUUAGGCUUUUUUUGUUUUGCUUUGUACUUUUGUUCCCUUCUCACGCUUCUUCGAUUGGAAACUGUGAGUUAACAUGGUUGGAAGCUCGGAGGAUGGUAACCAGUCAGAUGAUAGCUCUCAAUUUGAGCGAGGUGUAGAUCACAUCUACGAAGCCUUCAUCUGCCCAUUGACAAAGGAGGUUAUGCAUGAUCCUGUCACUUUAGAGAACGGCAGAACAUUCGAGCGUGAAGCCAUUGAGAAAUGGUUCAAAGAAUGUCGUGACAGUGGGAGACCUCCAUCUUGCCCUUUGACUUCUCAGGAGCUGAGCAGCGCUGACGUUAGCCCCAGCAUAGCUCUGCGUAACACUAUCGAAGAGUGGAGAUCAAGGAAUGAUGCUGCCAAGCUUGACAUUGCUCGUCAUUCGCUGUUUUUAGGGAAUGCUGAGACCGACAUUUUGCAAGCUUUGAUGCAUGUGCGACAGAUUUGCAGGACUAUCCGAUCUAAUAGGCAAGGUGUACGCAACGCUCAGCUUAUCCGUAUGGUCAUCGACUUGUUGAAAAGUAGUAGCCAUAAAGUUCGGUAUAAGGCUCUACAGACUCUUCAAGUUGUUGUUGAAGGAGAUGAUGAGAGCAAGGCUAUAGUAGCUGAAGGGGACACUGUGCGUACACUAGUUAAGUUCUUGUCACACGAACCAUCAAAGGGGAGGGAGGCAGCCGUUUCCUUGCUGUUUGAGCUCUCUAAAUCAGAAGCUUUGUGCGAGAAGAUUGGUUCCAUUCAUGGAGCACUUAUAUUGUUGGUUAGUCUGACUAGCAGCAACUCAGAAAAUGUUUCGAUUGUUGAGAAAGCUGAUAGAACCUUGGAAAACAUGGAGAGGUCAGAGGAAAUUGUUAGGCAGAUGGCUUCAUAUGGUAGACUCCAGCCUCUUCUAGGAAAACUCCUUGAAGGUUCACCUGAAACAAAAGUCUCUAUGGCUUCCUUUCUCGGGGAGCUUCCCUUAAAUAACGAAGUGAAGGUUCUUGUGGCUCAGACUGUGGGUUCUUCUCUUGUCGAUCUUAUGAGAAGUGGUGACAUGCCCCAACGGGAAGCUGCCUUGAGAGCUCUUAACAAAAUCUCAUCGUUCGAAGGGAGUGCUAAGGUCUUGAUCAGCAUAGGAAUUCUCCCCCCGCUUAUCAAAGAUCUGUUUUAUGUAGGGCCAAACAACCUUCCGAUUCGGUUGAAAGAAGUCUCUGCCACUAUUCUUGCUAACAUAGUGAACAUUGGGUAUGACUAUGACAAAGCCACUCUUGUUUCAGACAACAGAGUGGAGAAUCUGCUCCAUCUAAUUAGCAACACGGGACCAGCGAUCCAGUGCAAGCUGUUGGAGGUUCUUGUUGGACUAACCAGUUGUCCAAAAACAGUUCCAAAAGUUGUCNAAGAGUGGAGAUCAAGGAAUGAUGCUGCCAAGCUUGACAUUGCUCAACUAGCUAAGGCCUUAUGUGGCACUGCUGGACAACUCGGAAGCCUUGUUGCAAUCAUUUCAGAAAAUACACCAAUCAGUGAAGAACAGGCUGCAGCUGCUGGACUCUUAGCUGAAUUGCCAGAUAGGAAUUUGGGUCUUACUCAGGAAAUGUUAGAAGUUGGUGCUUUUGAAAAAAUCAUCUCCAAAGUGAUUGGAAUCCGCCAAGGAGAUAUCAAGGGCAUGAGGUUUGUGAGUCCUUUUCUGGAAGGACUUGUGCGUAUACUUGCUAGGAUUACUUUUGCUUUCAACAAAGAGACUCGAGCCAUUACCUUUUGCCAAGAGCACAAUGUUGCUACGCUCUUCCUUCAUCUGCUUCAAUCCAACGGUCAAGAUAACAUCCAGAUGGUUUCUGCCAUGGCUUUAGAGAAUCUGUCACUAGAGUCUAUACACCUGACACGGAUGCCUGAUCUACCUCCUCCGAACUACUGUGGCUCGAUCUUUUCAUGUAUGAGCAAACCACACGUUGUAAACGGGCUAACGCGACAGAUCGCUGAGAACGCGUUGAAACACAUCGAUAAGAUCCCAAACUUCUCAGGUAUAUUCCCAAGCAUGGCAUAG